AGCUGGGAUAGGUCACAGCUCACCCCUGAAACCUAAUGAAGAGAAGUGAUAUCAAAAAUGCACAGCUGGAUGUUGGGAUGCCACUUGAAUCAUUGUCUUAACAGGCCUGUACGAUUCUGAACCUCAUAGUGGUGCUAAAGAAAAAGAUGACGAUGCCUCAUCAUUUGAGCACCAGGGGGUGUCUGACUUGUAGUUUUAACUCAUUGGAGUGGACUUUUCAAUGUAGGACACAUUUUAUAGACCACAUCGAACAUAGCAGGACCUUAUAAAGAGCUACUGUCCUGCCUGACCAUGAACACCUCAAUGAACGAGUCGGACUGCCCAGAGUUGAGUUUUCCUGUCUCUGUCUUCUUCACCAUCGGGGUAUUCAGUCUGAUGGAGAAUCUCUUGGUUGUAGUGGCUGUCAUAUACAACAGAAACCUCCACUCACCUAUGUACUGCUUCAUGUGCAGCCUGGCAGGCUUCAACACCGUAGCCAGCCUCACUAAAAUGUGUGAGAACGUCCUGCUUGUUUUUGCAGAUAAGGGGCAACUGGAAAAGGAAGGUUUCUCUGAGACAAAGCUUGAUGAUGUGAUAGACUCGCUGCUCUGUAUGUCCUUUAUGGGUUCAAUUUUCAGUUUCCUGGCAAUUGCUGUUGACCGAUACGUCUCAAUAUUUCAUGCACUUAGAUACCACAACAUUAUGACAAUGCGACGCACAGGGACCACUUUAGGCAUCAUCUGGACAACAUGUGGGGUGUCAGCUAUGCUCAUGGUGAGGUUCUUCGAUUCCAAGUUCAUCAUGAUCUGCUUUGUUGCCCUAUUUCUUAUCUGCUUUGCCGUUAUCUGCUUCCUCUAUGUUUAUAUGUUCAUGUUGGCACGUAUUCACGCCAGGAAGAUUGAUGCUCUGAACUCAGGUGGCAGUGAAAAAUGUCGCCCAAGGUGGUGGGGUCGCAGUAUGAGAGGAGCCUUAACACUUACUAUCCUCUUUGGAGCAUUUGUUGUGUGUUGGGCACCAUUUUUCCUCCACCUCAUUAUCAUAGCAAUGUGCUUGACUGACCCAUAUUGUGAGUGUUAUCGAUCAUUCUUCCAGCUCCACGUACUGCUACUUAUGAGCCACGCCCUUAUUGACCCUGCUAUCUACGCCUUCCGCAGCGCCGAGCUCAGGCACACGUUCAGAAAAAUGCUUAUUUGUUCAUAAGAGAUGCAGCCGUUUGUUUCAACUUGGACUGACAAAGGAUCACAUCCCAAAAUUACAUCGACAGGGGGGGAGUGACAGCCAGGGACCCGCAACAUGCUGGAAUAGUUGUCCUCCAUCCCCCCCAGUUCGACGCCCCUGACCACAGGGCACAUAUCGACAGACCCAUCCCUUAUCAUCCUGAACUGAUAAGCAGUCAAUUACACGACUGACACAAAGAGAACAUUUCACACCACAGUUAAUGUAUUUGUGGACUUUAACAGUAAACUGGAAAAAAACACACGAAAACAAACUCUCCAUAUAAAGAUCACAUCACAAAUUUAGACUUAAGGCUAACCAUGUAUACACAGAGUAUGCCCAACUCGGGUGACAGGCGCCAUGUUGGCUGCAAAGGGUGUGUGCGCACAAGCAUGCAGCUACUGCGCUUGCCAGUGCCAAGCAACUGUCGGCUGUUUAAUACAACAACACACUCUUGUUUGUGUUGAAUGCUAAUCAAAGACAAUUUUAAAAAAAUGU